UUCAUGGUUUUUGCUCUGUCGGUCCAAAACAUUUUCGUAGUAUCUUAGAAACAAUAUUCAUAUCGCAUCCAGAAGACACCAAAAAUGCGAAUAAAACCUUUUCUUCCCAAUCUUUCCUCACAGCAACUCGCCCAAAUCAAAGCUCAUGUACUAAAAUCUUCAGAGCCACAUGCACUAAACACCUUUCUCGCUUCAUUCGUAAACUCACACACCCCUCAAAAUGCCUUUGUUCUGUACAAUCAAAUGCUCCAAAACUCAAACACCCACAACCAUUUUAGCUUCAAUUAUGCUCUCAAAGCAUGUUGCUUGACAAAUUCGUUCAAUAAAGGCCAAGAAAUCCACGCCCAUGUAAUAAAAUCCGGUCAUUUUUCUCAUACGUAUAUUCAAAACUCCUUCAUCCAUUUCUACGUAAUACGAAAUGACAUCGCUUACGCUUAUCGCGUUUUCAAGACUAUUGCUCAUCCUAAUGUGGUUUCAUGGACUUCCAUCAUUUCUGGUUUUGCAAAAUGCGGGCUUGAAGAUAACGCCAUUUUUAUGUUUUCUUGGAUGGACGUAGACCCUAAUGCUAACACUCUCGUUAGUGUUUUAUCUGCUUGUUCUAACAUAAGAGAAUUGAACCUUGGGAAAGCUGUCCAUUGCUAUGCUUUAAAGAACUCCAUUCAACGUAACGCAAUUCUCGACAACGCAUUAUUGCAUUUUUAUAUGCAAGUUGGGUCUUUGGAGAAUGCCCAGUACCUGUUCGCUAAAAUGCCUAAAAGAGAUGUGGUUUCUUGGAGCACAAUGGUCGGUGGUUUUGUACAAAGAGGUUUUUGCGAAAAAGCCAUUCAUGUUUUCAAUGAGAUGGUUAAAGUUGGUGAAGUCAAACCUAACGAGGCCACCGUAGUCAAUGUAAUGGCUGCUUGUGCUUCACUCGGGUCCUUGAGUUUAUGUGGAUGGGUUCACUCUUACAUUCAAGAAAGACAAGAUAUACAACUCGAAGGAAACAUUGGAAACGCAUUAGUCAACAUGUAUGUCAAAUGUGGCAACAUGAGAAAGGCAAUUCACGUGUUUAAAAAACUUAGAAUCAAAGAUAUCAUAACAUGGAGCACAAUGAUAAAUGGGGUUGCCAUAAAUAGUCUUGGACACCAUGCUUUGCCACUCUUGAGUCUCAUGUUAGUUCAUGGGGUUGAACCAGAUGAUGUUACAUUUAUCAGUUUAUUAACCGCAUGUAGCCAUGGUGGGCUUGUUAAUGAAGGGUUGAUGUUGUUCAAAGCCAUGGUUGAUUCUUACAAAAUUGUGGCUAAUGAGAGGCAUUAUGCUUGUGUUGUGGACUUGUAUGCAAGAGGUGGUAGGGUUAAAGAAGCUGAGGAUUUUGUUAGGGGGAUGAGUAUAGAGCCAGAUGGGUAUGUUUGGGGUGCAUUGGUUAAUGGGUUAAGGGUUCAUGGGAAUGAAGCGAUGAUUGAGCGAAUUGGUUGUGUUCUUGUUGAAAAAGGUGUGAGUGGUGGAACUUUGGCUUUGGUGUCGAAUAGUUAUGUGGGUUUGAGUAGAUGGGAUGAAUCGAUUGAGAUUCGGAAUGAGAUGAAUAGUUUAGGUUUGAAAAAAAUGGUUGGGCGUAGUUGGAUUGAGCUUGAUGUAUAGAACAUAUGAUUUGUAGAAUAUAGCAAUGAUAUGUGUUCAAUAGUUAAAUCAUAAAAAUAUUUUUUUAAGCGCUUAAACAAAAAUAAAUACAAA